CCAUGUGAGGAGAGCAAAAAAAUCAGUCACACACACAUAUAAAUAUAUACACACCUAUUAUAGGCUUAUAAAUACCAAUUUCUUUUUAUUCUGGUGUGUUUUUAUAGUAGGCGUUUAUGAACCAUGAGUACCUUUGCAAGGUCUCUAUAUACUCUUCCCUCUUGAAGCAGAUUAUCAUGGCUGACCCUUCUCUUUUCUCUUCUAUUUUCUUGUAGAAUUUUCUCGGAAAAAGGAAAAAAGCAAACAAAAGGGAAACCUAGGGUUUAUCUUUCUCUCUUGUUUGUUAAUUUUCUUUUUGUUUCUCAUGGGUAGCGGAGACAAGAGCCUGCUGAGCUUUCACCAACACCAACACCACCACCACCACCGCCACCAAGGGAAGAAACAAGAAGAGGAGGUGGUGAGAGAUGUGCCGAAAGGGUGUCUGGCAAUCAAGGUGGGACAGGAAGAGGAGGAACAGCAGAGAUUUGUGGUGCCUGUGAUGUACUUCAAUCACCCGCGGUUCAUGCAGCUGUUGAAGGAAGCUGAGGAAGAGUACGGGUUCGAUCAGAAAGGUACUAUCACCAUCCCUUGCCACGUGGAGGAGUUUCGAUACGUUCAGGGUAUGAUUGAUGAGGAACUACAUCACCACCACCACCACCACCACCUAUGCUGGUUGUUUUGAGGGUUUCACAGAUUGAUUAAAUAUAACACUCAAAACACUCUAGUUAAUUAGCUGGUUGUUGAAUUGUAUCUGUACAUUUUAAGAGAUUUAGGUGUCUUGUUCUUUUCUUUUCUUUUCUUUUCUUUUCUUUUCUUUUUUAUGUAGAGUAAUAUAUUUUGGUGAGGUUGGUGAUAAUAUUGAUGAUUGUUGUUGAUGAUGACCACGAAAAUAAAGUUGCUUGCUGUUGGAGCUUUUAUUCCAAACCA